AUGAUCCUCUCGCGCUACACAAACCCACCCUACCGCUCUCCGGUCCAUUCGACUUCCCCGCCACCACCACCACCACCACCACCACCACGUCCGAAAUCGAAAUCGAAAUCCAGCCCCUCGUCGUCGCCCAAGAGGAAGCGGUCGGAUAGCGCGCUGCUUCCGAUCGACACGCGGCAGAUUUCCGGGCAGCUGGAGGGCGGCGGCGAGAGUGCCGCUGGAGCGCAGAGUCCGCGGACGAAAGUCGCGGAGCGGUUGAGGGGGUUGGAUUUGAGCUGUAGCAGCGGCAGUAGUAGUAGUAGUACGCCGCCGAGAGCGAAGCGCGUGAGGAGGACGUCUCCGAAUGGUGGCGGGGCAGGAGGGAAUUGGAGCGAUGGGAUGAUGGAAGUCGAGGAGACGCCGCAGGCGCAGGCUGAGGCUGAGGCUGGAUCGCUUUCUCCUUGCCCCCUCUUACCUGGUGGAUUUCUGCGGGAAGCGAGAGAGGUGGCGAGGCUGGACUGCGAAGCCCCCGACGACCACGCGAUGAGCACGCCUGGCGCAGCAAGCCUCGACUGCCCCCCCCCACCACCACGACCACCAGUAGCAUCACCCUCUCCAAUUUUCAGCGUUGAAAAUUCCAGUUUCACCGCCGCCACCACCACGGACUCCCCCUCCGACGACUCGGAUGCCCCGCUCCUCCCACCACCACCACCACCCCUCCGGGACUCCCCCACGGCUCUCACGUGGCAGGAAAGCGAAAUCACCGGCCAGGAAAUCGAUCCGUCCCAGCCCGACGACGACGGCGAGGGCAUCAACGGGAUCGGAUUCAAGCCUACGCCGGCUAUGGCUCAUGCGCGCAGUCUGCGGCGCCGGCAGCAGGUGAAUGAAUGGAAAGCGCGGGAGGCCAAGGAGGCGAGGCAGAAGCGGUUGGAUCGGAGGAGGGGAGGAGCGGGUGGUGGUGGUGGUGGAGGAGGAGGAGGAGGAGGAGGAGGAGGAGGAGGAGGAGGAGGAGAUGGCAAGAGGAGUGUGAGGUUUGCGGGGUUUAGUUAG